AUGCGAUUUCCCACCGUCAACGAGAUUUCCACAUUUCUACGUGGAAUUGUCUAUGAGCAGGAUGUCGAUUAUUCACGAUUUGAAACCAAAUUGGACGGCUCCGAUGUUGUGACGUUUCGCGAGAAUGACAAAGCGUUUCGGUUAUUCGGCACCAAUGUUCACGUCAAGGUAGGUUCAUACAUUGCUUGCGCCAUCGGCUUCGCCGUCACAAUCGCGUUCUGCAUUUCGUAUUCGAUGUUUCACAGUCGCGGAAUGGGUCGCAAUCCGUUCAUCGAUCAUCUCGAAAUGAUCGAUUUGAUUUUCGCUUUCAUCGUUGGCCUCCCAUGUCAUGUUAUUCUGUUUUUCGGCCUUCGAAAUGAUCGCAAAUGCUUCUUCAGCCCAUUUUUGGUAUUUUAUAUGACGAAUUUCAUUUUGAAUAUUGUUUUCACAAUACUCACUCUUGUCGCGUUCGCGAUGGAUGUUCAUAAGAAAAUCUUUGGAAAUAUUCAAUUCGAUCUCGGUUGGACAAUUUUCCAGAUAUUGUUCACUUCCGCUCAAGGUCUCGCAAUUUACGUGGUUGUGCGCGGACGAAAAUAUGUCGCCGCGAAGAAUUAUUGGAAAAAUAAAUAUAACGAGAGAACGGGUCCGAUGGAUAUCGACAACUAG